AUGAAGAAUAUCACCCUUGGAAAUCAAAUCGCAAAUAUCAUAUUUACCUGCUUCAACAUCAAAAGGCUGAAAGAAAAUGGAACGACAGGGAAUGCAGAAAAGAAGGCCAGUGAGAAAAAGAACUUCACCAUCACCAGCCUAGGACAGACAUAUCAUGUGGACUACGAAGAAGCAAUGACUUUGGUCACUGCAUCAGCAACAGCAGCAGGAUUGGAAUUGAAGAAAUUCGAUACGAGAUCAAAGGAAAACUGGUAUGGGACCGCAGCACCCUAUCUUGAUUUCUUCGUAGGAAAUGCUCUUAGGGUCACAGAACUAAGAAUAGGACAUAACAUGCCAAUAAAGAAGGAGGGGGACGCAUCCACAACAUUUGCAGUCAGCAAGUAUGGAAUGAAUGGAAGCCACCACUCCCUACUUGAAGGGUGCACCUAUCCUCCUGAAAAACGGGGUUCCAUGGCACAAUCGUUAGGACCCAUGACUGCAUUGCUCUGUCACAUAAAGUCUGAAGAGAAGUAUAUGAAGAAGUAG